AAAAAAAAAAAAAAAAGGGGGAGCCGCCAAACUCUAUCUUUUGGUUAAUCCAAGAAAUAAAAAAAAUGGAACACGACGAGAGGCAGACUGGAAACUUCUUAUUUCUAUUUUUCCUCUUCACAGUCGACGGAAGCGGAAUCCGGCGGCCAACAAUCCUCUCUCGUAACUUUAACCUCUCUCCUUCGACUGGGUGGUUGACACAUUGUAGUUUGGUUGGGAAGAAUAUUGAGAGAUGAAUUCACUACCAUUAAUUCGUGGUCAAGCAACGGAAGAUUCAAUGCGGGUAGAAUUGUAUAUAGGAGAAGAUGUUCUUCAGGCAUUGUAUAGUGCAUCAAACUCAUCAACUCUGCAAAAAUCCAUGGAGCUUCUAAUUGAAACUUCAAGAACUGAAAUUGUUCGAGCAGAGCUCGCUUCUAAACAAAUGGUGCCUCUAGUCAUUCGGCUCAUUCAAUCUCUCCCAUACCCCGCUGCAAGUCAAUAUCUUGCACUGUCUUUGAAGCUCCUAAGAAAUCUUUGUGCAGGAGAGAUUGCAAAUAUGAACUCAUUCAUUCAACACAAUGGAGUUGAAGUUAUUUUGAAUGUUUUGAGGUCUGCAAGGCUUUGUUCUGAACACACAGAGCCGGAUUAUGGUAUCAUUCGUUUUGGGUUGCAAACUCUGGCUAAUGUUUCCUGGGGUGGACAAGGUCAGCUUCCUAUUUGGCGCCAUUUUUUCCCACAAGAAUUCCAUGCUCUUGCAGAACUUCAGAGAAGGGAGGUCUGUGAUCCGUUGUGCAUGAUCAUAUACACUUGUUGUGAUGGAAAUCCUGAGCUACUUAAAGAGCUUUGCAGUGAAUCAGGGUUGCCUAUAGCAGGGGAAAUUGUACGGACUGCUGCUGCAGCAGUUGGUUUUGGAGAAGAUUGGUUGAAGUUGCUUCUUUCAAAAAUCUGCUUAGAAGAACCUCACUUUCCCGUACUCUUCUCUAAAUUGUCCCAUGUCGGUGCUGGUACAAAAGAUGAAGAUGCUGAGGUUGAAAAUGGCAUUUUCUCAACUGAACAAGCAUUUCUUUUGAAGAUUGUAUCAGAGAUAUUGAAUGAGCGACUUGAAGACAUUGCAGUAAGGAAUGAUUUUACUUUGUGUGUUCUUGCAAUAUUCAAGAGGUCUUUUGAGGUUGUUAUUGGUUGUGGUAUGAGAGGAAAAUCUGGGCUUCCAACAGGCUUCACAGCCAUAGAUGUUUUGGGUUACUCACUAACAAUUUUGAGAGAUAUAUGUGCAGUAGAGGGUCAAAGAAGCUCCGAGGAAGAACCCGUGGAUGCUGAUGAUAUGUUACUGUCCUCAGGACUCGUUGAGUUGCUUUUAUGUGUGCUUCGCAGUCUUGAACCACCAACAAUAAUCAAGAAAGCCAUCAAACAGAGUGAGAACCAAGAGGGAACAAACUCUUCUUGCUCGCUGAAGCCUUGCCCUUACAGAGGAUUCAGGAGAGACAUUGUUGCUGUGAUUGGCAAUUGUACCUAUAGAAGAAAGCGAGUACAAGAUGAAAUCAGACAGAAGAAUGGAAUACUUCUGCUCUUACAGCAAUGUGUUGCUGAUGAAGAGAAUCCAUUCUUGAGGGAGUGGGGCAUUUGGUCUGUAAGGAAUUUGUUGGAAGGGAACGCAGAAAACCAACAGAAUGUUGCUGAGCUGGAGCUUCAAGGAUCUGUCGAGGUGCCUGAACUUGCUGGACUUGGUCUCCGUGUAGAGGUGGACCCUGAAACUCGGCGUGCAAAACUUGUAAAUAUCUCGUGAACAAGUUUCCAAGCUCCAAAGAAGAUUGCAGUUCACAUCUUUGCCUUAUUCGUUGGUUUGAUUUAUGAGAAAAAUUGCAGAGACUUCUUGCUUACAGAAGUCGAGCCACAAGAAACUGAUUGAAGACUAUACUAGGAUCCUAAUUUUUCUUCAAGAUUCAACAAUUUUUAGAUCAUGUUGAGCUUGAUGGCUAAUUUUUCCCUUUUUUCUUUCUGUCAUGAAAUUCUCUUAGGAUUUGCUGGAUCUUCUUUAAUUAUAUCACACUAUUGUUUCAUC